AUGCAGCCGUGGUAUCACAUCAACUCGAGGAUGACUGGGACGAGCAGGAGUCGAGGGGCGCUGAUUCAGACCUUCGCGCCGACAUUCCUAGAGGCCAUGGAAUCUCCAGAACUCGAGGAUGGCUCGGAUGAGCAGGAGUCGAAUGGCGCCGAAUCUGGACCAGAAGAACAAACAUCAGAGUUUGAAGAAGAAGGGGAGAAGGGCAAGACGGGUAACGCGAAAUCUGUAAACGAAUGCGACGUAGAGAUCGAGGGUGUAGUAGCAAACAACGAACACGCCAGGUGCCACGUCGCCGAGUACGACGUGGCAGGGAGACGACACCGCAACAUUGACGAGGCGACGAGGUGGCAGGGACGCAACGUGGGUACGAGGCACCGUGACGACGACGACGAACGACGACGACAUUUGUCGUCGUCCGUCCUGUUUGUGCCACGUCGCCCAUGGCGACGUGGCAACCAGAUGACGAACGAUGUCGCAUACAUCCGCCCAUCUAGACCACCAGCGGAUACGAAACAGUGCCCAGCGGACGCAAAUCAACACCCAGCGCCCAUAUACACUGCCAGCGGGCCCACGAAAACACCCAACCACCCACGAAAACCACACCCCGCCCACGAAAAUGCCCCAGCGCCGACGGAACAACACCCAGCGCCCACACGUGAGGUCAACGACGACACGCAACGCCCAGCGGACAGCAAACAACACCCAGCGCCCACGUACAACACGCGACGACGCCAAUGCAACAACGGCACGCGACAACGACAACGCGACAACGACAGGCGACCUCGACAACGUGACGACAACAACACUCGAUGUCGACAACGCAACGGCGACACGCAACAUCGACAACACAACGGCGACAUGCAACGUCGACAAUGCAAGUCCCCCACUCCAUUAGUCCCCCCUUCCACCACCCUCUCUCCUCACCACUCCUCCCCCCCUCCCUCUACAACCCACUCUCCCUCUGUGUCUCUACCCCUUUUCUUGUCUGCACCCUCUUCAUUGUCCCUACCCCCCUCCUUGUCCCUACUGCCUUUUCUUGUCCCUACCCCCCCUGCUUUAAUAUAG